AAAUUAUCGCGUUAACGGGCGUUAAUUAAUUUUUAAAAUUAAUCACGUUAAAAUAUUUGACGCAAUUAACGCACCCGCUGGCAUAUUGCCUCAAACAUUACAAUGAGGCCGUUUAUGGACAUUAAGAGUGAAGAGAAUGCCACCGGCCGCUUGGGGGCAGCGCCGUUCCAUACUCAUGUUAUGUCUUCUAAACGUGGGAGAAUUAGUAGUUGUGAGACGUUUAUGCUGUAUUCACAAUGCAAUGCAAAUUGCUAUUUGUGCUCAACACAUAUUUCGAAUGACUCCCUCCAAACAUAUACCCGCACAUUCACUCCCACCCCACGCUGUGGCACAGCUGGCAAAGGCAUGGCUUGCUGAGGACACACCAAAUUUUGACCCGGCGGGAGUGUGUGUGGGGUCCCGGGAGGUGGAGGCAAGACUGUUGUGUAAAAGCCCACACAGUAUUUUGGCGGGGAGCCCCUUCUUUACAGCGGUGUUCCAAGAGGUCGGCUGCACCGUGGAUUGGAUUUACCAAGACGGAGAUGAAAUUGGCACUGGUGCUGUCAUACUCACUGCUGUGGUGCGAGGCCCUGCCAGAUGCCUUCUCCUGGGUGAAAGGCCAGCUCUAAACUGUCUGGCUCGGGCCUCUGGGAUCGCCACUCGGUGCUCUCGGCUCCAUAAAAUAGCAGAAGCGGGAGGAUGGCAUGGAGAAGUGGCGGGAACACGUAAAACAACUCCUGGCUUUCGCUUGGUGGAAAAGUACGCGAUGCUGGUAGGUGCCGUGUCGAUGCACAGGCAGGAUUUGAGUGGAAUGGUGAUGCUGAAGGACAACCAUGUCUGGGCUUCAGGAAGCAUCACAGAGGCUGUGAAAGCUACCAGGUCAGUGUGCGGUUUCAGCAGUAAGAUUGAAGUGGAGUGUCGCUCCACAGAAGAGGCCAUGGAGGCAGCCACAGCAGGAGCCGACAUAGUAAUGCUAGACAAUUUCCAGCCACAGGUGCUCCAUCUUGCAGCUGGUGCACUGAAACAAAAAUUCCCAGAUCUGCUGAUAGAAGCCAGUGGAGGUGUGACACCUGAAAACCUAAUUGACUAUUUUUCUCCAUGUGUGGACAUCAUCUCUCUGGGCUGUAUUACACAAGGGUGCCCAGUUGUGGACUUCUCACUUAAGGUUCAGGAGCCAGUUUCUUAGGUAGACCUGUUGUAUUGGAUUGCCAGCUGAAAUACUAACAGUAGGGGUGUGACAAAAUACCCAAAUGGUGAUAUAUCGUGAUACGUUGUAUCCCCAAAAGAUUCUCGAUAUGCUCCUGCCAAGAAUUGAUGUAUCUUUUUAAAAAGGUGUCUCUGUUUAAAAAAUAAAUA